GUCCCAGGUUGUAGGCGGGCCUCCUCGCGUCUCGCUCAGCAGCAGCUGGUGCUGCUGAAGAGGCGACUUUGUUGCAGCGAGCCGCCGGAGAGAAAACGGCAGGGCACAUUCACUCGUGGAAAAGUGUGAACAGUUUGGCGAGAAAACGACGCAGCCGGAGGGAUUUUGUCGGUGGCUGCCUUUUUAAUGAGCGUGUCAGCGGAUUUAAAGUUUGUGAUUCCGGGGUCUUCCAGACGUCUCUUUGAAAGUUGCAGCCGAAGAGGAGUUCUCCCAUUCAGGAUGUGGGACUGAGACAAAGAGGGUCAUUCCCGUCGGAGCGGGUAAAAGUUGAUUCAAGAAGCCUUCUCUGAAUGGGAAAGAUGGAGAGGGAGGUGCAGUGGUGGAAAGGACAGCUUGCUUCUGAUAUCCAUCAAUCCCUGCGCAUCAAGGAGCUGAAGCUGCCGGUCUACCGGGCCCACUCUCCACAGAUUGGCAUGAGACGAUACUUUGCGGACCUGUUGGCUAUUCUAAGUAACCGCUAUCAGCUGUGUCCUACAGCACGUCAUCUGGCCGUCUACCUGCUGGACUUGUUCAUGGACCACUACGAUGUGGCUGUCAAGCAGCUCUACGUCAUUGCCCUCUCCUGUUUGCUCCUAGCUAGUAAGUUUGAGGAGAAGGAGGACCGGGUUCCCAAACUGGAGCAGCUGAACUCCCUUGGCUUCAUGUGCAGCCUGAACCUUGUUCUCAACAAGAGAGAUCUGAUCAAAAUGGAGCUUCUGCUGCUGGAGACUUUCGGCUGGAAUCUGUGCAUGCCCACGCCCGCCCACUUUAUUGACUACUACCUCCAUGCCGCAGUGCAGGAGGGCGACCUUUACAACGGUUGGCCACUGUCUUCCCUCUCCAAGACCAAGGCUUUCAUGGACAAAUACACUCACUACUUCUUGGAGGUGUCACUACAGGACCAUUCCUUUCUGAGUUUCCGACCAUCCCAGGUUGCAGCUGCAUGUGUGGCUGCAUCACGUAUUUGCCUUCAGAUUUCCCCGAGCUGGACGACGGCCUUGCAUCUCCUAACGGGAUAUACGUGGGACCACCUCACCCAGUGCAUUGAACUCAUGUUGCUAGCUCAUGACAACGACGUGAAGGAGGCCAAUAAAACCAAAUCCACCCCCCCUCAUCGGCCCUCGUCUCUGCAGUCCCAGACUUCUCACCUCUCUCCAGUUUCAGCCAUCCAGCGACCAGCCUCCUCCUCCUCCACCUCAUCCACACCACAGCUGCUUUAUCCGCCAGAUGGGUUUCCACACCUUUCCCAGCAUUCCCCAUCCCUGUCCCAUCUGCAAGCACUAGCUGACUCCCAGGCUUUGGGCUCCGUGGUGAACAUGUCUCAGGACUUCCUUCAGACCCACAGGAUGGGUCUUCUAACUGGGGCUCCUGCUAUCACUCCUGGAGGAACGUUCCCUUCCUACUCAAGCUUAACCUCAGGUCUCGCACCAGGGGCUCGUGCGCUGCCACUCCCGGGCCCCCUCUCAGUGCAGAUGGCACUUGCUGGAGAACCACGACACUGUCUGAGCAUGGCUUACACUGGGGGCUACCUGGGGGCGCAUCACACGUUUGCAGCCGGCUGUUUUGACAGGUGACGCCAGGAGACGGAGAGAGACCCCAACGCCCUGCGGGAGUCAACUGCAAUGCUUCCGCGCCACUUCCCUAUCCCAAAAUAUCCACUGACAGACCUCAUCUCUCUCUCCGUCGCCACUGCAACAGCUUCUCCCUGUCCCGCACCCCCGUCCCUCUCAAAGAGACGCCUCAAACGUAAGCAGAGGUCCAAAGGCAAGACGGACCCAGUAGAAGUCAUCACACUGACGUGACAAAUGCUCUACUGCCUCAGAUGAAAUACUGAGGCACUGCAGAAGUGAUACUGCCGUAUUUGGAACUGAGUUUAAAGAAUCGUUUUAUUAUGAGACUGUCAUCACUGUGAAUGAGAUGAAAGCAGCCGUGUGAUCCAACACCCACCUCAUUCAGUGCCUGUUCUCAGUCGUGUAUGAACGCUGAGCCAAUUAUAGAAGUGCACAGAACACGAAAUAUGUGAUAAGUAUAUCUUGCUGCUUGAUUUUUAUUUUUUUUAUUUUUAAUUUUGAAUCCCAAAAAUGUAUCUCAUUUCAUAGGCAAAGUAGUUUUUUUUUUUUUUUUUUUAAUUCUUU